GCCCUGAACACUUUCUGGAGAAAAAUCGUGCACAGCAUCCACAACCACACGUACGACGUUAUAUUUGACCCACACAUAGAUGACAGAUCAGCCGCGCUCAAACAAACUCAAGCCCAACCUAAACCCCCUGAACAAGUCCACGCUACCACGGAGAUAACUAGUUCAUUCACACGUUUACCCAAAGUGUUGCCAGACGUAGAAGAGGAUAAGCCGGUAAUGAUCAGCGAGAAGACUUCUACUACGGUCAUAGAGCCCUGCUUCUUUCCGCAUAGAAGAUUUUAUCUGGCAUCAGAAACACCAGAAUGGCCUGAAAAAAAUGUUGUCUUUCUAAAGGAGGAUCCAUUGUUGGAUAGCAUGAGAUGUUUCAGGAACACACUGGCAAAAUAUGUCUGUGCUUUCCUAAACUCGGAAGACGCCGCCAUCUACUUUGGAGUCAGCGCUACGGGCCAGGUGAUCGGCUUUUAUAUCGAUCACAAAUCAGAAGAUACACUUGUGCUGGACAUCGAUUAUGUGAUGAAAGCCAUUCAACCUGGUGUCCCCAUUUCUGCGUACCACGUCACCUUCGCCAAGGUUAUCAAUGCCCAAGGUCAUGUAGAGCCAAAUCGUGUAGUGUUAGAGGUCAAGGUUCAAGGACUGAUGCCGGUUGAGUAUAAAUAUUCCUACUGCGGUGAUUCGUUUAUUUGGAUGGAUAACAAGCUACAUAAAUUGAAUGAUUUUACAAGUAGUGGUACACAAGAGCCCAGCACUAGUGGCGGCUGUAGGCAUAGGGGUGACAGUGGUCAGGACAGCAGAAGUGGCCCAAGGCAAGUCAACAAUGCUAGCGCUUGGCAGGCAGCAGUGGCAGCAGUAAAGAGAGCCCUAGACAAGGCAACAGUGGGAACAACAAAGGAGGUGCCAGACAAAGUAGCAGAGGAGGACACUCUAAACAAGACAAGAGAUGUAGUCGUAAAUAUGGCUAUAACAAAGGUGGCAACUGAUAACCCUACAGAACCUGCGUUUACAUUCAUACCCUGCACCAUGGCACUUAUAUUCGGCACACAGUCAUAUCAUGGGAACGUAUAA